GGGUACAUUUUUCACUGAAAGCUAUUGAGUAAUACAUGGUUUUGUCGUUUAACUGAAUAUCAGUGUAGGAAUAUGAAUAGAGAGAGAGGAUAUAGAGAGAGGGAGAUCGAGACGUACUUGACAGGAGAUAGUUCGGAGACAGAGCAAACGGGGCAGACGAGCGUGAGCGAUCGAGCGCAACGGACGUGUGUGCUUCAGCGGCGAAUUGUACAAGUGUUGGAUAAGCGACGGAAUAAACAGUGGAUUCUACAAUUGGCGCAGCCGGCAUUCCUUUUUUAUAUACACAUACAUAGAACCCCGACGAGGUAUAAAAAUGGAUCCUGAAAAAUUUCCGCUAGAACCCUUCAAUUCCGACGUAAACUGUUCUGAUUUACGUACGGAAUGGGAAGAGUGGUUGCGAGCUCUUCUCCUAAUAUUGGAGCUAAAAGGGCCACUUUCACAGCAUGAGAAAUUCGUGUAUAUGCUGGCCCGAGGAGGAAGAGAUCUUCAACGCAUAUAUUUCAACCUAGGCCAAGCUGAGGACGAGAUCAUCCCAUCACAGACGCAGGUGCCAUUUGCGGCUCAAGAAACACCUGAAUUUGACAACGCCAUCAAACGCCUAAACAAAUUCUUCGUAGGAAAACGAAACGAACGCAUAGAGUUGGAGGUGUUUAGAAAUAUUAAGCAGGCAGAUGAGCCCUUCAAUCGGUUCAUGCUGAAACUACGCACUCAGGCGAAGAAAUGCGAUUUCGGAAUGCGCGAAGAGAAAGAAAUCCUUCAUCAAAUUACGGCAGGUGCUAGAGACAUUAAAGUCCGAGAUAAAGGGCUUGAAAAUGUCAUGAAGUUGGACGAAUUAGCCAAUUUCGCACUCAACAGGGAAAUCCUUGCAAAGCAGAAAGCAAUUUCUAAUAAUGAGCACGAAGCAGCGUCUGUGUCACACAUUAGACACGAUCGCACAGGAAACAAAAGGCCGUCCGCAAUGUCACCGGAAUGUGAUCGGUGCGGAUCUCGUGAGCACACAAGAGAAUCCACCGGUUGUUUUGCCCGGAAAGCCCGAUGUAACGAAUGUGGAAAGAUAGGACAUUUUGCCCGGAAAUGCAGCAACAAACGACGACAGCCUUAUUCUCCCUAUGUUUGGAAGCAACCAAGAUCAACAAACAACAUACGAGAGAUGGAUCGUUCUACUGCACGAGAGACGCGUCCUACAAGAGAGGUAAACGCACAACAUGAUAACGCUAAUCGCAGUGACAGCUGUAUAAUAACUUGUAAAAUUGAUACAUACCCAGUAGAAUUCCUUAUUGACUCUGGAGCAGCAAUCAAUACGGUUACGGAAAUCGUAUGGAAAUCCCUUCUUACUGCUGGCAUCACAAUUUACAAAAAGAAAUAUGGCUGCGAUCGCCAAAUAACUGCUUACGCCAGUCAUAAACCCUUGGAGGUCAUUCUCAUCUUCGAAGCAGUCAUUUCUGUUAAUGAAGCAAAACCAACAGCUUAUGCACAGUUUUUUGUAGUAAAAGGGGCGCACAAGUCUCUGUUAAGUAAACGAACAGCGGAAGAACUAAAAAUUCUUAAAGUCGGUCUAAGCGUCAACAGCUUACAUAGCAAGUGUAACCCUUUCCCCAAAUUUCCAGGCAUACAAGUAAAAAUUUGCAUUGAUAUAUCUAUUACUCCAAAAAAAUUGCUUAUCUCCGAAUUCCAGCGGCUAUGGAAGAGAAAGUAGAUGCAAAAAUUCAAGAAAUGUUGGAACAAGAAAUUAUAGAACCCGUUACAGGCCCACCAGAAUGGAUCUCGCCCAUGGUGGUGGUCCCAAAAGGGAAGGACAACAUCAGACUUUGCAUAAACAUGAAAUACCCGAAUCAGGCCAUACAAAGGGAACACUACCCGUUACCCAUGAUCGACACGCUUCUGAACAAACUAAAAGGGUCAAAGUUCUUCUCAAAAUUGGACAUUACAUCAGCAUUCUAUCAUAUAUAGUUACACCCCAAAUCUCGCGGCAUAACUACAUUCAUGACAAGUAGAGGGCUCAUGAGGUUUACUAGGCUCAUGUUUGGCAUUAACUGCGCACCCGAAAUAUUCCAGAGAGUGAUGUGCCAAAUAUUGGAGGGCAUAAGCGGAGUUAUCAUAUACAUUGACGACAUAAUAAUCGCAGGUGAAACCGAAGAAGAACAUGACCGAAGAGUAUCGGAAGUGUUGUCGAUAUUAAAGGAAAACAACGCGACCCUCAACAAAGAGAAAUGCGUUUUCAAAACUAAUUACCUCGAUAUUCUGGGAUACAAUGUAAGUGCUGACGGUAUUAGCCCCUCAAACUCGAAAAUAGAAGCGAUAAAUAAUUUUAGAACUCCGGCAACCAAGGAAGAGGUUCGUAGCUCCUUGGGUUUGAUAAAUUUCGUGGGGCAAUUUAUUCCCGAUUUAUCCACUCGUUCAGAACCUUUGCGCCAGUUUAUAAGAGGAGACGUUGAAAUAUUCGGUAAAGAACAAAAAGAGGCAUUCAUUAGCCUUCAAAAUGAACUUUCGGAAAACGUCCAUCGGUUAGGCUUCUUCGACCCAAAGGACUCGAUAGAACUUUACGUUGAUGCUUCACCUGUGGGACUUGGAGCAGUACUAUGUCAAAGAAACCCUUCGAAUAUACCCCGAAUAAUAAGCUUCGCGUCCAAAGUACUUACAAAAACUGAAAGAGUUUACCCCCAAACUCAGCGAGAAGCCUUAGCAGUAGUGUGGGCCGUAGAAAGAUUUUAUCUAUACCUAUUUGGCACAGAAUUCACAAUAUUUUCAGACCAUAAAAGCCUUGAGUACAUAUUCGAAGGGAAAUAUCAGGAUGGGAAAAGAGCGUGCUCGAGAGAUGAAGGGUGGGCACUUCGCUUACAACCGUACAAAUUUCAUGUGAAAUACAUUCCCGGCAAAAUUAAUAUAGCUGAUAGUUUAUCCCGUUUAUGCUUCCAAUCUCCAGACACAGAAAAACCGUUUGACGAGGAUUCAGAACACUACCUUUGCAAUAUUAGCGAAGGGGCGUCAGCAAUUACCUUAAAAGAAAUCCGAGAAGCAACACUCUGCGAUGAUACAUUGAAAGAUGUUAUGCAAGCUAUAGAGAACAAUAACUGGCCUCCAACGCUUGUUGCAUAGUUGCAAGAUACCAAGCAUUCUCUAAAGAGUUAGGCGUGAUCAAUGGCAUCGUAGUUAGAAACGACAGGAUAGUUCUUCCUGUCAUCCUGCGUAAAAAGGCCCUGGACAUAGCACAUAGAGGACAUCCUGGAGUCGUGAGUAUGCGUCGAUACCUUAGGGAAAAUGUUUGGUGGCCUUACAUGGACCGUGAUGUCACCGAACGAAUCCAAGAAUGCGCGGGUUGCACUGCCGUUAGUUCCCAAACUCCAGCCGAACCUAUGCUAAGGAAAGAAAUGCCUGACCGAGCGUGGCAAGACCUCGCCAUCGAUUUUUUCUCCGCGAAAGAGUUCGCUACAUUUCUUGUAGUCAUUGACUACUAUAGCCGCUUUACAAAAGUAAUCGAGAUGAAGCUAACAAAUGCAGCAAAAACUAUAGAAGCGCUAGAAUCAGUAUUUUCGGAACACACAUACCCAGAGACAAUCCGUUGUGAUAAUGGCCCUCCAUUCGCUAGUGAAGAAUUUAAAAAUUACUGUACAAAAAAGAAUAUUCGCCUCGUACACACAAUUCCGUACUGGCCUCAAAUGAAUGGCCUCGUUGAAAGAGCGAACCGCGGCAUCUUAAGAUCCCUACGUAUAGCCAAAUCACAGAAAACCGACUGGAGAGAGGACAUUAAACAAUAUGUUUACUCGUAUAAUACAACACCGCAUACCAUAACAGGUAAAGCCCCACUAGAACUAUUAACAAAUAGACCCGUGAAAGACUUGCUACCAUCGCUCAGAACUGAACCCUUCUGGAAUCGGGACGAGGCAACAAAAGACGAAGACGCUAUUAAGAAACAAAAAGGGAAAAUCUAUGCAGACAAUCGAAGGCAUGCAAGACCUUCCAACAUCGUCAUCGGUGACAAAGUUCUCAUAAAGAACUACGAACCUGACAAAUGUGCAUCCAAGUUCCGCAAUGAUGAAUACAUUGUCCUAAAACACUCGGGGAAUGACACAAUAAUAGUCAACGAACAGGGCAUCAAAUUCCGAAGACCAGUGUCCCAUUUAAAGAAGAUACAUCCAAAAAAGGAUUACGCGGAUAAUAAAUAUCAACAUAGUGGAACAUCGAUGCUAGGAGAAACUCCCACAAGCAGUACUCCUACUCAGAGCAGACAAAAUCAGGAUAACAAUUUGGGCGAACAUUCACGCCCAAAAAGAACGACUAAACUUCCAUCCAGAUACCAAUAAAUCCUUUUUCUCGUUCUAGAUUUGACCCACAAGGAAAAGAGAGAGAAAAACUAAAUCAAAUAACGGCGGUAUAGAUGAAGGACGGCCCGGACUGGAACUAGUAGUAAUAAGUUGCACUCAAAUUAAGUGAAAGCGAUGCAUAGUGGACUUUACGAAAAACAUCAUAGAAUAGAUUUUUUCACAUGAUUUUCAUUUCACAUUUGCGGAUAGGGAAGGGAUGUAGGAAUAUGAAUAGAGAGAGAGGAUAUAGAGAGAGGGAGAUCGAGACUUGACAGGAGAUAGUUCGGAGACAGAGCAAACGGGGCAGACGAGCGUGAGCGAUCGAGCGCAACGGACGUGUGUGCUUCAGCGGCGAAUUGUACAAGUGUUGGAUAAGCGACGGAAUAAACAGUGGAUUCUACAAUCAGUAAAACAAAUUACUGAAAAUGCAGCUAUUUAUUUAUUAUGUCAAAACGACAUGCCUGAGCCUCAAAAGAAAACAUAAUGCGAUGCCCGCUUGCUCGUGAUGAACAAAAAUUAGAUUCGGUAACCGCUUACAGGCACCCCGAUAAAAUUUUAGGUGCGUAUUCGGCUUGCGGGAUUAACGUUUUGGCUGAGAAAAAUCUUCACACCACUUUGCUGUUCUUGCUGAAAUUUCGUGGUAGCCGUGAGUGUAUAUCAAAUCAACAAACUUGUUUCGACAAAAUACAGUUCACAUCUGUAUAAAACUUUAUAAAAAAAAACAGAUAUGAACAUGAGCAGCAUGGACUGCCACCCUGCGCAUCAAUAAAAACCUCAAUUUCAAUACUUUUUUUUGCUAAUUUUUAAUCGAUAUCAAUGACUAGACUAAAUGACUGGCUUUGUAUGUUAAAGGCUUUGGGUAUGUUCAUAUUUUGGGUACUGUGGAUACUGUUUCGAAGCGGACUUUCGACACUUGAUCGUCUAGGCCAGCUCUGUCAAACUCAUUUCAUCAGAGGGCCGCAAGUAUAGAUUUUCAGUGAUUCGCGGGCCGCAAAGUUGAGAAUAAAAAAUAUACCUCAAUAUUUAAAUAAAAUACUGUAAAAUCAUUA